CAGCAUCGUCGUUUCGUUCCGUUCUGUACCUCGCAAUAUUCCAACUCGCGCGAGCGCAGUGGAGGAAUCAGUGUUUACUUGUUUCGCAUAUUCUUCUUCCUCUGCGUUUAGAUUUGAGAGAGAAGUGAAUUGGAUAAGGGACUUUCGCUUUCGGCAAAUUGAAUCUGAGUUCGCGACGGAAAGAUGGGAGUCCCAGCCUUCUACCGGUGGCUGGCCGAGAAGUAUCCGAUGGUGAUUGUGGACGCGAUCGAAGAGGAACCAGUCGUCAUCGACGGCAUUCAAAUCCCGGUCGAUACGAGCAAGGAGAACCCUAACAACAUCGAAUACGAUAACCUCUACCUCGACAUGAAUGGCAUCAUUCAUCCCUGCUUUCACCCGGAGGAUAGGCCUUCUCCGACGUCGUUCGAUGAGGUGUUUGAGUGCAUGUUUGACUACAUUGACAGGCUGUUCGUUAUGGUGCGGCCGCGGAAGCUCCUCUACAUGGCUAUUGAUGGUGUUGCGCCGAGGGCGAAAAUGAACCAGCAACGGUCUAGGCGGUUUAGGGCUGCGAAAGAUGCAGCUGACGCGGCUACUGAAGAAGCAAGGUUAAGGGAGGAAUUUGAGAAGGAGGGCAGAAAGCUUCCGCCUAAAGCAGAGUCACAGACGUUUGAUUCAAAUGUCAUUACACCUGGAACUGAAUUUAUGGCUGUUUUGUCAAUUGCACUUCAGUACUAUGUUCAUCUUAGGUUGAACAACGACCCUGGUUGGCAAAAUAUUAAGGUUAUUCUUUCUGAUGCAAAUGUUCCUGGUGAAGGGGAGCAUAAGAUUAUGUCCUAUAUCCGCCUGCAGAGAAAUCUUAAUGGUUUUGAUCCAAAUACACGACAUUGCCUAUAUGGUUUGGAUGCCGAUUUGAUUAUGUUGGCAUUGGCUACCCAUGAAGUUCAUUUUUCAAUUCUUAGAGAGGUUGUAUUUACUCCUGGACAAGACAAAUGCUUCCUCUGUGGUCAGAUGGGCCAUUUGGCGGCAAACUGUGAAGGAAAGGAAAAAAGAAAGGCAGGAGAGUUUGAUGAAAAAGGAGAGGCUAUCGUGGCUAAAAAGCCAUACCAGUUCCUGAAUAUUUGGACUCUAAGAGAAUAUCUGGAGUAUGAGAUGAAAAUACCUAAUCCUCCUUUCGAGUUUGAUUUUGAAUGCAUUGUGGAUGAUUUUAUCUUCAUGUGCUUUUUCGUCGGCAAUGACUUUCUUCCACAUAUGCCUACACUAGAGAUUCGUGAGGGUGCAAUCAACUUGCUGAUAGCUGUAUACAAGAAAGAAUUUAGGGAAUUGGGUGGUUAUUUAACCAAUGGUAGCACGAUAAACUUAAGCAGGGUGGAGCACUUCAUUCAGGCUGUUGGAUCUUAUGAAGAUAAAAUAUUCCAGAAAAGAGGUCGAUUGCAUCAGCGGCAAGUGGAAAGAAUAAAGCGUGAGAAGGCACAGGCAAAAAGGGGAGAUGAUACCGAGCCUCAAUUUCAACCAGAGUCUUUAGUUGCAGUUUCACGAUUCCAUGGUUCUCGUCUUGCUUCAGCUCCAACACCAUCACCAUUUCAGCAAGCUGGGCAUUAUAACUCUCAAGUGUCCUCAUCAGUUAAAAAAUACCAUAAAGAAACCUCUGAGAGGCCCCAUAAAGUGGCUAGGUUAUCUUCGGGAGCCACUCUUGCUGCUGCUAUUGUUGAAGCCGAGAAUAGUGUUGAAAUAGAAGCUCAAGAUAAUAAAGAUGAAUUGAAAACAAAAUUGAAGGAGAUACUUCGUGAGAAAGCGGAUGUAUUCAACUCAAAAAAUGCUGAAGAGGACAAGAUUAAGUUGGGAGAACCAGGCUGGAAAGAGAGGUAUUAUGAGGAAAAAUUUUCUGCUAAAACUCCUGAGGAACUUGAAGCGAUACGGAAAGAUGUUGUCUUGAAGUACACUGAAGGCCUAUGUUGGGUGAUGCACUAUUAUUACGAAGGUGUUUGUUCUUGGAACUGGUUUUAUCCAUAUCACUAUGCCCCCUUUGCGUCUGAUCUCAAGGACCUUGGUGAACUUGAUAUUAGUUUUAAGCUGGGAACCCCAUUCAAACCAUUUGACCAGCUUCUAGGGGUCUUUCCUGCUGCCAGCUCUCAUGCUCUUCCUGAGCCGUAUAGGAGACUUAUGACAGAACUAAACUCACCUAUCAUUGAUUUUUAUCCUGUUGAUUUUGAAGUUGACAUGAAUGGAAAACGCUUUGCUUGGCAGGGUAUUGCUAAGUUACCUUUUAUUGAUGAAGAGCGUCUUCUCGCAGAAGUUCAGAAGAUUGAAAAUUUUUUAACGCCAGAGGAAAAGCGACGGAAUGCUAUAAUGUAUGAUUUGCUCUUUGUGAAUUCUUGUCACCCUCUCUCUGCAUGCAUAAGUACACUGGACAACAAGUGUAAAAACAUGUCAAACAACGAACGGGCUUUGGUGAAGGAAAAAAUCAAUCCCAUAGAAAGGGAUACAUGCAGUGGUGGAAUGAAUGGUUACUUAUCUUUAUGCGGUGGAGAACCUUGCCCUCCUAUCUUUAGGUCUCCUGUUGCAAGCAUGGAAGAUAUCAUGGACAAUCAAGUUAUAUGCGCAAUAUAUAGACUUCCAGAUGCUCAUAAACACAUUUCCCGACCGCCACAAGGAGUUAAAUUUCCUAUUAAGUCUGUUACCGUUGGGGAUAUACAGCCUGACCGUGGUUUAUGGCAUGAGGAUUCAGGUAGGAGACAUUACAAUGAAAAUGGGAGGAGAAACCCUCCAGGGUCUUCUGGCCGGGAGCUUGGAGAGUCUGCACACAGACUCAUUCUCAAUUCCUUACAGGCGAAGGUUGACUCCAAUGGCUACCGUCACCCACAUAAUGGACCACCUAUAUCUUAUCCUGCACCAAUGGGUCAUCGGCCACCGGUAUCUUCCUAUGGUUAUGAAUCACACCCAGGAUACGUUGCAAUGCCCCCUGUUCCUGCUCCCUCACUCCAUGGCAGACCCCACUUUACACCUUACAAUGCUGUCCCUACUGCUCAGCAGUAUGGCUAUAAUCAACAAUACCUACCACCCCCCGUAGCAUACAAUCCUCAUCAGCCAUCAAAUUCUUACGAAAGAAAUGACUAUCAACACCCUGGAUCACAUCAUUAUGAAAGAAAUCAGCUUCAGGGUACUGGUGGUAGUUUAAGGCAUGGAUAUCAAUCGUCAGGAUACAAUCAGAACGCCGGGUUUAUGAACAAUACGCAAGGUGGAUAUGCUAGUCACCAUCAUGAUGUUAGUCAUCAUCACCAAGUUAUUCACCACAGCCAAAACUUCCAACCAUCUAGAACCCAUCAGAAUUGGAGUCCACGAAACAAUCAGAGUGGAAACAGGGAAUACGGUCAUCAUUCGUCCAAUCAAUUUUCUUUAUUAGAUAGAAGAGGAAACAGGAAUCCAAUGCCACCACCCGGUUACGAUCGCCAAUAGACUCAUUCAGUAAGUUGUACCAUAUAUAUUUUCUCAAUUAGUUGAUGGUUCAGAGUUGUAUCUGCAUUUUCUCUUAUUAUCUCUAGAACACAGGUUGUAAACAUUUUCCUACUUUAUAGGCUAUUCAAUUCAUCGUGUUUUCUUA